ACCCGUUGCGAUCUCACUUUGAUAACACGUCUCAGAAUCGAUUAUAAAAAUAAAAUUGUGAGCGAAAUUUUAUUGACGGCCAAGACUCUAUGCACUUCUGUAGGACUGAGAGUGACGUGAAAUGGUUUACCCAAGUGAUAUUUGAUAAACGUUUUGUUUUUGUGCCUAUUAGAACUUGAGGAGAUAAUAUGCUAUAUUUAUUCACGUGCUAACUUAUAUGCUGUUCCUUUUCUGACGAGCCGGACGCCGUUGGAAUCGAACUCCGAGCCAGUGAUCGUGUGGUUGAUCCCAAGCCGCAAACAUACAUAGUUGCCCGCACGCAUAGGAUGGUAGAAACUGACCCUGGGCCCAAGAAACCUCACAAUUGUGAUGUAAAAAUUGACCACCAGCUUAACGGACCAGGUUCCAAAACUACCGAGCUUGGAAUCUCCCCACUAAAAUCUCCAACAAAAUUCGACCCGGAAAAAGGCGGCCACACUGAGAAAGCUGACUUUGAGAAGGCGAUCGAACUAGCCCACUAUGGCCGCUUCCAUUACCUGCUGCUGGCCGUGUGCGGGCUCGUCAGCACCUCAGAGGAGAUGGACGUCAUCUCCAUGUCUUUCAUCCUACCAUCAGCACAGUGCGACCUAGACCUUACCACUCAGACAAAGGGAUGGCUAAACAGCAUAAUCUUCAUCGGCAUGAUGGUGGGCGCGUACGCGUGGGGCUCCGUAGCAGACACUUUAGGUCGCAAGCGAGUCCUCAUUGCUAUAUCUAUCAUCAACGCCUUGGCCAUCGUCGCUUCCUCCUUCAGCCAGAACUACGAGCUUUUCAUGCUGUUUAGAUUCAUGAACGGAGCAGCUUUGGGAGGUUCAGGCCCGGUCAUCUGGUCAUACUUCGCGGAGUUCCAGCCGAAGAAAAAGCGUGGUGCUAUGUUGAGUUUUAUGGCUGCUUUCUGGACUCUUGGCAACCUCUUCGUGGCCGGACUCGCUUGGGUUAUCAUACCAAGUGAGAUCGGCGUACAAUCUGGUGCUUUCAUUUACAACUCGUGGCGUAUAUUCUUACUCGUGAUGUCACUGCCAUCGUUCAUAGUGGCUGCGCUUUUAUUUCUUUUGCCUGAAUCACCAAAGUUUUUGAUAUCCACCGGUCGCCAUGAGGAUGCCUUAGAAGUCUUUAGAGGAAUCUAUAUGAUGAACACUGGUAGGAGUAAGGAGGAGUACCCAGUUAAGCAGCUGCUAGUAGAAGAGCCGAUGCAUCCUAAACAAGAAAAACAGAUUGAAGCUAAAGAACCGAAGUCUAAGUUAAGGAGAAUGUUAAGUGAUAUUGUGGAACACAGCAAGCAGUUAUUUGUACCGCCUAUUCUGAAGUUUACGACGAUUUCUAUCACAAUUAAUUUCACUUUCCAUAUCGGGUACUACGGUCUAAUGAUGUGGUUCCCUGAGAUGUUUAACCGCUUCGACGAGUGGUCCCGCACGCACGAUAACGCUGAAGCCGACAUUUGCCAAGUGACGUCUUACGUGACACAAUACGGAACACAUUCUGCAGAAGCUCAAUGCGACUCCCACAUAAACUCUGACGUCUUCAUGGAGUCUCUAAUCACUGUUGCUGCAGCGAUACCUUCUAAUAUUUUCGCAGUUCUUGGAAUGGAUAGACUAGGCAGGAAGUUCUUUUUAGUAUUCGCAACGUUCUCAGCGGGCACGUGUUCUGCCGCCAUGUACUUCGUGUACAAUAAGACUAACAACUUGAUAGUCAGCGCCAUCUUUAGUUCGGUAAUAUCUUGCGGCAACGCGUCACUCGACUGUCUCAUCACUGAAGUCUUCCCUACAAACUUACGAGCUACUGGAGUAGCCGUGUCUAUGGUAGCGGCGCGUCUGGGAGGUAUUAUCGGGAACGUGGUGAUCGCCACACUACUGGAUACCUACUGCCCUGCCCCUACCUUCAUCGUAGCUGUGCUGCUGGCCAGCGGCGGUCUGAUGUGCCUCUUCCUGCCCAACACUACACGACAGGCUUUACAGUAACACACUCUACCGUGAGUCAUUAAGCGAUAACGUAUUAGUUGUAUCAUAUUUGUAAACAAAUGUAAAUUAGGAACCACGUCUCAAAUCCUUAAGCCCUGAACUUCUAUGUACAACUUUAAAUAUUGCUUAUGCCAUAUAUGAAACACACUCAAUCUAUAGCACCGUUUUUGUGAAGUUUUUUUAAAGUAUUUUUUACUGAAGUUUAAAGGCGUGGUUUGAUCUUGUUAAGUUUCUUUCACGAACAAUGUAUAUAUUAUAUUUAUGGCGAAUUUUAUUUUAGACAGAGUUCGUCAGAAUUUCAUCAUUCGCUGUAUUAAUACGUUAUUAGCUAUGCAACUCAUGGUAUUCAAACUUGAGUGUUAUCGAUAAGUAGAAAGUUAUUAAAAACACUUUCCAAUUAAAUAAUAUGAUUGUAAGUUUUUUAAUUUGCUAACAUUGUUUACGUCAGUCCUAAUAUCAUUAUGCAUCUAAAACUUUAAAAAAUACUUGCCUGUCGCUCUACCAUUGGGAUUAAUGAUUGUAUAGAAUACUUCGUUAAUCUCAUAAUAGAGCUAUCUUCACAAAUUAUCGAUAUUAUAACUCAAUUUGUAUUGUGAGCCUUGCGCGUAUGUGAUAUUUUUAAUUAUUGAUGUAGAUAGUUGUACAAAAACUUUUUUACUAAUUAUGUAACAGUAUUUAAGAAUCGUUGAAGAUUUGGCAUCGUUUGACCUGUCAACCAAUCUAAAGAGUAUUAUAGGUAAAACUUAAGUCAGAAACUGUACAAUUAUGUUGUUACCUACACAUAUUUAAAAACGAAUUUAUAAAUUAGUAAUUGUUACUUUA